AUGACCAAACUCAAGAAGCAAGGCCAGCCCUUUUGGCUUGGCGGUGCUGCUGCAUCAAUGGCUGCUUGUUUCACACAUCCUUUAGAUCAAACAAAAUAUCGGAUGCAGGUCAUGGCCACAAGGCAAAAUAUGCUGCGAACCUUGAUUCAAUUCGCAGGCCGCGACGGAAUUCCAUCAUUAUGGUGGGGAAUCUCGGCAUCGAUGUUGCGACAAUCAACAUAUUCAACUACAAGAUUCGGUCUUUAUAACUAUUUUGCACACGAGGCUCGGCAACGGACUGGACAACAACGGCUCUCUAGUUCAUUAGAGAUAGCUUGUGCUGGGUUUGCCGGGGGGUUUGCUGGCCUUGUCGGCAAUCCCACAGAGGUCGCUCUCGUGAGAAUGUGCGCAGAUGGUGCUAAACCGCCAGCGCAGCGAUUCGGAUAUAAGCAUGCCUUUGACGCUCUGGUAAGAAUCGGUCGAGAAGAAGGUCUGCGUACUUUCACUCGAGGUCUCGGCCCCAAUGUGGUGCGUAGUGUUAUAAUGAGUGAGUCCGAAGUGUCUGCUUCCGAAUACUCUGCGGCCAAACACCAGCUAUUAGCAAAUCCUUUCCUCAGUCUCAAAGAUGGGAUGCCUGCACAUUUCCUUGCCUCACUGUUGGCAGGCACAGUGGCGACUACGGCUUGUGCUCCUGCCGAUGUUUUGAAGAGCAGGGUACAAAAUGCUGUGGCAGUGGAUGGAAGUGUGAGCAAGAUUGUCAUAGAGUCCCUGCGAAAUGAAGGCCCACAAUUCCUCAUGAAGGGAUGGACACCGGCUUGGCUGAGGCUGGCACCAAACACCGUCCUCACAUUCAUCUUUAUGGAGCAACUGCAGAAAUUAGUGAAUUUGUCGAGAAACGUGAGGUCGGGAGAGCCCGCACCGGCGGCCGUGCCAGCUCAGAAAAUUUAA